CUAAUGGGCUGCGUGGUCCUAGCUGCCUGUGCGCUCAGAGGCGUCACGACCUGUCAUUCAGCAGCAGCGCUUCGUGCAUGCGUCCAGCCCGGGUCUCCUCCCAUUGUAGAAACAGCUGUAGACCGUGAACCGUGGAGUGCGGGUCUGUCACGGAUAACCCGGAUACCGACUUGGAAGUCUGGGUGGCCAGCAUCCACGGACAAAUCACAAGCGAGCGCUACUUUUGCCGUUUUUACUAACAAAAGUUUAAUUUCAUGGAACCUUUAUCCAGAUCAGCAGCUAUGACCAGCCGGCUUUUCCACAUCUUGCUUUUGCCGGCGAUCCUGGGGUCCACCUGGGGUCAGCUCGCGUUUGAGAGUCUGGAUGGAACCGCGCGUCAAGGUGCCGAUGCCUCACCGGUCCAGCCACGCGUCCUUACGCAGGAAAGCGCGAACCGGGACAUGGUCUCCGUCAACAUGUUUAAAGUGUACGAGAGGUACAAUAAAGAGCCGCGGAGUCAGAGGGAAGGAAACACUGUGAGGAGUUUUAAAGCUGUCCCGAGAGUCUCACAUGGCAGAGAUAUGUUCCAGUUCAACCUGUCCUCCAUCCAAAACUCCGAGCUGAUCCUGUUCGCCUCUUUUCACUUUCUCUACAAGCGGCCCCGCCACCAGCAGAGGCCGUGGCGUUUCAGGAGGCCUCGCCACCCGUCUUCCGGCCUCCAGCAUCCUCCCUCCUCGAAACUCCUCUUCCACGGAUCGUCCCCAGACCCGGAUUUAGCGACGCCGCUGGGAAACAUAACUCUGUCCCCUUUCAAGAAAGGCUCUUGGCAAACAAGGGAUGUAACCGCGGUGGUGAAACGUGCCAGGGAGGUCAAAGAGCUUGUGGUCAUGGUGGAGUUUGAUAUGGGGUUCGAGGCGGCCCGGGUGCAGCAGAGGAGUCCUUACGGCCAAGAACGCCUCUCUGCGGCCAACCUGCCGUAUAUCUUGGUGUAUUUGGAUGAUCAAGCUAUAGAUGAGCCGAACAGUGUGGCCACGUCGCUUCAGAGGUACGGGCCUUUUCAUGUUGGGGAGGAACCAUCAGCGUCGAGCUCAGCCUCAAGGGUCCGGAGAGAGCUCCAUCACCAGAUCCACACCAACGACAUCCCAGAGGUGCAGUACAACACCCUGAAGAACCAUGAACUGUGGCAGAACACUUAUUUCCCAGCUAAAGUCAAAGCGGAGGUCAAACCGGGGAGGAAGCAGGGCCAGGUGAGCAGCGAGGGUGGCCUGAGCAAGCCCCAAGUGCUGAGAUUCGACGAGAGGACGAUGAAGAAGGCGAGGAGAAGACAGUGGAGCGAGCCCAGGGCUUGCUCCAGGCGCUACCUAAGGGUGGACUUUGCUGACAUCGGCUGGAGCGAAUGGGUGCUGGCGCCAAAGUCGUUUGAUGCGUACUACUGCGCCGGGACCUGUGGAUUCCCUAUACCUACAGUGGCGCGUCCCUCCAAUCACGCCAUCAUCCAGAGCAUCGUCAGAGUUGUGGGAAUCGUCCCCGGCAUCCCAGAGUCGUGCUGCGUCCCGGACAAAAUGAGCCCCCUCGCCGUUCUUUUCCUCGACCUCGACAGGAACAUGGUGCUUAAGAUUUAUCCUGGCAUGUCUGUGGAUACGUGCGCCUGUCGGUAGGGUCGGAGUAAUCCCAGAGCCACCGCAAGCUGUGAUCAGUGGACAUGAUGGGACAGUGAGGAUGACGGAAAUGUGGACUCUCCGUGUAGCAGGAAGGCACAUGUCGGACGGAAGGACGUUGUGGUUAGUCACAGUGAGGAGGAAAGUGAGAGAGUCCUAAUAGUAUUUGUCUCAAUUUUUGGGCUAGUUUGGCCGUAAAUGGACAUUGCCUUACGUUUCUCCUGCUUUUCUAACAAUCUUUGUACAUGUCUUCCUUUAUUUGGUCCACUUUCAUUUAGUUUCCCCUCUCAAGGAAGUGCUCUUAAAGAAACUUGUGUUUGUUAGUCUUUGUGUUAGCUAGCUGUUGGCUUUAGUACACAUCUCCAGCAGUAAGUUUCUUUUGAGCCUUAAUCAGCUUUUCAGUCCCCUUUUGCUCAAGGUUUUAGAUUUGGAAUGAUUCAUAAAGGGAUUUUUGUCCGCUCUGAUUUUGAAAAGGACUUCAUUUGCUCCGGUAAUCUGCUCAGACUCCUUAGAAGUGGCUGGUGUUAUGGACCUGUACUGACUUGUCCAGGUUCUGGUUUUGAUGAUCAGGGAUUCAAAUCUCUUUUCACUAUCUGCUGCUUUCAUCCACGUUUCAUACUCAGAACUGGAUUUUGGUCACUCUGUUAAACGGCACCCUGAAGGAGACUUUCUGACCCAGAGGCCGCAGUGCAGUGUAGUACAUUCACUUUCUGUCAAAUUAACCAACUCUCCUCAUGUAAAUACUGUAGUUAAUAAUACAAACUAAGUGGUGCUUAUUGUCGAGUGAUGUGACAUACUGUUUAUCAUGCAUGAGAGGUCAUAUCUAACUAUAUUUCAGUAGUUAUUUGUUUAUAUCUUGUAUAUAAUGAGUGCAUUUGUCUGCAUCCCAAGCGUUGUACAGCACGUCUCUGCUACCUGCUGCCCCGGAGUGGAAAAACGGUGCGUUGCUGCCACCUGCUGUGCAUUUUGUGAAAACUGAAGGGAUUUUAUGGUUCGAAUUGAAAAACUUACUGUACUGUCCGUGCCUAUUUACUCCACUUCAGUACAUUUAAUAAAUUAAUAUAUCCUAAAUGACAUGUAUAGUUUGUAAUAUGUACAGUAAUGACAGUAGAUUUCCAUUGUAACAACAAAAAAACAAAAGAUCCGCCCAAAUAAAUGUGUGGCUACCGUGUAAUUAAAGAGUAUUAUGACGUGUGCUUUAACAGAUCAUAAACAUGAUGUAUGCUUGUUAUGGAAAUAAACGGAAUUGUACAUACAGUCCACGA